AUGGCUUUAAAGCAUAUAGUACUUUCUUCAGCGUUAUUAGUAUGUGUGUAUGGGAGAGUGUUCACAUACCUAAGACCUUUGGAUUUGCAACCAGCGUCGAGCUUCGUUCAUGUCCAACCAAAGGUAGCCUUUGACUACCACCACCAAAUUCCUGAGGAUGAGCAUGUAGAUUACUAUGCGUACCCCAAAUACGUAUUCAAAUAUGGUGUCAAUGACUUUCACACUGGAGAUAUUAAAACCCAUCAUGAGAGCCGAGACGGAGAUGUCGUAAAAGGCCAGUACACGGUAGUAGAACCGGACGGCUCAAUCCGUACAGUGGACUAUACAGCGGAUAAGCAUAAUGGAUUCAACGCCGUCGUCCACAGGACCGCUCCCAUAUCUUCUCAUGAGGCCGCUCAUCUC